AUGUUGCCCGUGAUCCUAAUUCUGAUGAUGUUGGUCAGUUCUUCGGUUAGAGCAACUCAUCUCUCAUACAGUAUCGAGGACUACACAACUUUGUCUGAAUCCCUCCUCGCCAAUUACUCCAACAAAAUCCGGCCAAUCCGUGACCUGGGACAAAGUCUACAAAUGGAGGCCAGUCUAUGGAUAAUCAGCAUCAAUGAAGUCAGUGACGCCGAGCAAAAGAUGAGCACCACUGGGUAUUUGUACGUCAAGUGGAAAGACGCGAUGAUAACAUGGGACAGCGCAACAACAGGAAUAUAUUGGAUUCAGUUCAAUCAGAAUGAUCUUUGGAUGCCAGACCUUGUGCUAAAGAAUGGAUUCACCGACUUUAAACCUCUGGGUGGAAAUUUUUAUUACGUCACUGUUGAAAACGACGGGACAGUACACUGGUAUCCAUACAUGGUCUUUGAAACAAAAUGUAAUAUGGAUGUUUCCUUCUAUCCGUUUGACAGGCAGACGUGUAAAAUCAUCUUCAAAACGUGGAGUUAUAGCCGAUGGGAAAUCAACCCCACAGUCUCAGCUGAUAAAGUCGGAUUUUACGAAUUUGUCCCAAAUAACGUAUGGGAAGUGACGUCAACAGAUGCAACAUAUGACGUGACAAGUAGUGCAACAGAUGUUGUUUUCAUAAUCAAUCUCCGACGGAAAUCCAUGUAUUACAUUUUAAACAUAUUCAUGCCAGUCAUUCUGUUGGGUAUUCUCAGUCCUGCUGUGUUUAUCAUCCCCACCGAUUCAGGAGAAAAAAUGGGUUAUGCUGUAACGAUGUUUCUCACCUUCGUCGUAUUUCUCACACUUGUCAGUGCAGAACUUCCGAUCAACUCGGACAACGUAUGUAACAUAGGCAUAUACCUUAUCAUUAAACUGAUCAUUGGUGUUAUAAUAAUUUACAUUACGUCAUUACAGCUUCGCCUACGUCACCGUAAGCCGAAUAUAGAUAGGUAAAUUAUUCCUUGCUCUGGUGAGGACAGAACGACGUUUACGAGGAUUUCUGGAUAAAGAGUC